ACCAACAUUAGUCGAAGGCGUGCUAGUCGCUCUCCGGGCUGCGGCGGAAUUCUGAGCGAAGCGUGUUUUUCCUACCCUUCUAUUUGUUUUGUUUUUAUACGCGUAAAUCGUCCAAUUGUCAUCUUGUGGCCAUGGUCUACCAUCGUUUCAGCUGGUUUCAGUGAGGCUAAUUUGAACUCUCAUCAAACGGGUGGGUCCGUGAUGUACCACAAUCGGGGAAGAACCGCUCACUCGAGGUCCAGGUUGAGGCCUACUAGUUAAAUCCCCCUCAUCCUACCCUCCUGAAUCUUAUCGUGAUGGCUGAGGAUCAACAGCAACCCGGUCAGCACCCGAAGCCUAACUCGGGAAUAGGGUCUUUACCGUCCCUUGUCCCUGGACUGCACGGAGGCGAGGCCAGUGCGUUGCAGCACAAAAUAAAGAACUCCAUUUGCAAAUCUGUACAAUCAAAAGUGGACAACAUAUUGCAAGAUGUUGAGAAGUUUACAGACAUUGAAAAGCUCUACCUCUACCUUAAGUUGCCUUCUGGUCCUAGCAAUGGCAAUGACAAAAGGACUGAGAAUCAGAGGGCGUCCCCCAAUCCCGGAUCUCUCUCAUGUGACCAGAGUUUGGUGUCGUCGAGCCGCACCCAGCAAAUGCACGCGUUCAACUGGAUCCGCAAUCACCUCGAGGAACAUCCAGAGACGUCGCUCCCCAAACAGGAGGUCUACGACGAGUACAAGAGCUAUUGUGACAAUCUCGGCUACCAUCCACUGAGUGCGGCCGACUUUGGAAAGAUCAUGAAAAACGUUUUUCCAAAUAUGAAGGCACGUCGACUCGGCAUGAGAGGCAAAUCCAAAUACUGCUAUAGUGGGCUUAGGAAGAAGGCCUUUGUCCACAUGCCAUCUUUGCCCAACCUGGAGCUGCAUACAACGGGUGAUGGGUGUGAGGUGCUGGAGGCCUCGGGCCCCCUGCAGAGCGGGGAGGAGGAGGUGCGUUCGGCGGCCUGCACGCUGGUGUGCGAGUGGGCACAGAAGGUGCUGAGCCGACAGUUCGAGGCCGUGGAGGACCUGGCCCGCUUCCUGCUGCACAGCCACUACUCCGCCCCGCUGCUCGGGCCCAAGUCCGCCGCGGCCCUCGCUGUGAUGACCGGAGCCUCAGGGGCGAAUACCCCGACCCAGGUGUCCGCGUUCAUUCCCACGGGGGAGGCCAGCUCCUUCCAGCCCCAGGCGAAGACCCUGCCCUCUCCCUCCAUCGACGCCAAGCAGCAGCUCCAGCGCAAGAUCCAGAAGAAGCAGCAGGAGCAGAAGCUCCACUCGCCGUUGCCCGGCGACGCCCAGGCCAGGCGGGCCGAGGGGGGGACGCCCUGCACGGGGGCUGGCCUCCCCUGCAGAAGCCCCGCCCUUCUCUCCCCCCAGCCCACCAUCGGCAUAGUGGUCGCCGCCGUCCCCAGCCCCAUCACGGUCAUCUCACCUGCGGUGCAGAGAAACAGGCAGUUGAUGACCUCUCCGAGCCCCAUGGGCACCGCCGAGGGCAAAGUCCUACCGGUGAACUUCCAGGUGGUCACACAGCCCAUGCAACAAAUGAAGCAAUCCCCCAAAGCGCCCCAGAACGUCCCCGCCAGCCCAGUUGGCGACCGAUCCGCCCGCCACCGCUACGCCCAGAUCCUGCCCAAGCCGUCAGCUGCCAGCACAAUCGCCCUCCGCUCCCCGCCGACCCUGCUCAUCACCAACAGCCCCAUCAAGACAGUGAUGCCCUCGCCGCAUGUCAAUGUGGUCAAGAUGACGGCCAUUUCGCUGUCGCCCGGCGGCAGCACCACCACCACUGCUCCCCGGCCUGCCUCGGCUGGUCUGAGCAGCGCUGGCCUUCCCGAAGAGCACCGGCCUGGCCCCCAGGCCCGGAGCGGUUCAGCAGCCUGCCUCCAGUCCCCCACCGGCAAGCUGGGACGAACCACCACUACCCCCACCAUCGAUGUCAAGAUGGAGCCUGAAGCCAUAACGGACGAUAAUCAAGCCCUUAUUAGGCUUAGAGCCACUCAGGACACUGCCGGUGGACAGAUGGGUGAGGGAGGUGCUAAGCCAAGGGCUGCCAGUGAGCCCACACCCCAACACAAGGGCUCCCUGGGAUUCAACAUGACGGGCAGGACUAAAUGUGAUGUGUUGAGGUCCCCUUCCAAUGCCAACGGCAACACUGUGGCAGCUCAUAUCCGCAGUAACGACAACCACAAUACAGAUAGCACUUUGUAUCUGAUUGGCCAGAAUACCAGCAUCGCCAUGGCAUCCAGCAACAAUGGUGCAGCGACCCCGUCAACCAAGGACAUUUACCUGGGCUCCAAAAGCCCCAGGAAGCGCUCAGCUCUCAGCUCAGAUGCCCACAGCUCGCCUGUCAAGAAGGUGUUCAUCUCUCAGCAGCCUGUGGGGUGCAUCGGCAGCCCUAAACUGGGCGCAAGUGCCACGGUGAAGAGGAACUCUAGGGCGGGGACUCCAGCCAAACUCGAAAGUGCACCAGCGACCGCACCUGGCAAAGUCACCGUGAAAUUGAACUCCACGGUCCCCACUCGAAUCGUGGCACUUUCCGAUUCCCCCUCCGGGAACUUCAGUGGCUUCCAAACUGUUGUUAAACCACAGGUCUCCACACAGGUCAAAAAAGAAGGGAAUCUCUCUGGCGUGGACGCCGGCAACCUUCUUCCUGGGGGCACCGCCUCUAGCCAAACGUUGCUGCAGCACUCGAGCAGUCCCCAGGUUAUGUCUGCUGGCUCAGGCAUGCUCGACACCACAGUAAACCAUUUGAAGGGUAAUGUGUGGCAGCAGGAAGGGCAGCAGCCAACCUACGCACAGCAGAUUCUGGACCACAAGUCCAUUUCCACGCCGAUCAUGGUGGGCCAACUGCCCAUAGUGGCCCAAGGUCUGCCUCAGGGUCAGCUGACCCUCCAUGCGGAUGUCGUCGGCUUCACAGGAAGCCAGCCGAACGUGGAGUACUUCCCGUACAAUGAUGACGACAUGACGCAGGACAGCAUUGUGGAGGAGCUGGUGCAGAUGGAGGAGCAGAUGAAGCUCAACAGUGGCCUUCAGUCAUUUGGCAGCUGCAUAGACAUGGCCCUGCCGGGCCAGUCCACCGUCAUGCAGGGCACCCCUCUUUCCACUCACCAAAUGGGCACCCCGUUCUACCACUCGACCCACAGCAGCACCACCCCUAUCCACACUCCUACGCCCACACCCACUCCGACGCCCACCCCCACCCCAACCUCCGACAUGAUGGGAGGGGGCCAGGGCUUGACUCGGGAGAGCCCUUGUUCGCGGAUGGCGCCUUCCACCCCUGUGGACAGCGCUUUGGGGAGCAGCCGGCACACCCCCAUCGGGACUCCCCACUCCAACUGCAGCAGCAGUGUCCCCCCCAGUCCGGUGGAGUGCCGGAACCCCUUCGCCUUCACACCCAUCAACUCCAGCAUGACAGGAUACCAUGAUGCCAGCAUAGUCUCCAGCAGCCCAGUCAAACCCAUGCAGAGGCCCACCGCCACCCAUCCGGACAAGGCCAAACUGGACUGGAUGAAUAACGGGUACAACACCGGGGGGGCCUCCUCCACCAUCUCCAAUAACGGCAUUGGCAUUCUCCCCAGCUACCAGGAGCUGGUGGAAGAUCACUUCCGGAAGCCGCACGCCUUCGCCAUUCCCGGACAGUCGUAUCAGUCCCAGUCCAGGCACAAUGACGGCCAUUUUGGCCGCCUGACGCCCAUCUCCCCAGUUCAGCAGCAGGUUGCUAACAUGGCAAACGUCAACAAGCAGGAAGGCUUCGCCGUGCCUGCUCCUCUGGACAACAAGGCCGCAGGCUCCUCCUCAGCAGGGGCAACCUUCAGGUGUCGCAGUGUCAGCCCGGCCGUUCGGCAGCGGAACCUGAGCGGAAACACAACGUUCCCCAACGUCCCCCGAACUGUCGUGUCCCCCUUCAACUCGCCCAUCACCCCCGAGGUGCUCAACAUCUUUGCCAACAGCCACCUGGACGUCAGUGCUACUAACAUGGCCCAGAGGAGCCAGUCGGUACCACUCAACGUGAUGAUGCAGACGGAGGUGCUGCCCAUGCAAAAGCAGAGCAGCAACAGCAAGAAGAUCACCAACGUGCUGCUGAGCAAGAUGGACUCGGACGGCGAUGACGCUGUGAGGGGUCUAGGCAUCAACAACAUGCCCUCCAACUACACCGCCCGCAUGAACCUCACCCAGAUCCUGGAGACCAACCCUGCCUUCGCCGGGGCCGUCAACCACCAAAGCCUGGUCAGCCCCGGCCCUUCUUCGUACGAGUUCCAAAAGCCGAGUUACCUCGCGAAGAAUGCCCGGAGCGAGCAGGUGACCUUCUCGUCCGGAGACAGCCAAGCACAAUCGGGUUCUGGUGAGCAACAGCCACUGCAGGGGCAGUUGCAGGGGCAGUUGCAGGGGCAGUUGCAGGGGCAGUUGCAGGGGCAGCUACAGGAGCAGCUACAGGGGCAGCUACAAGGGCAGCUACAGGAACGGCUACAGUUACAUGGGCAGCUACAGGGGCAGCAGGAGCCAAACCAGCCACAGCUACUGCCCCAGAACACCCAGCAGCAUCAGCUCGACUUCAGCAGCACUGUCAAGGAACUCUUAGGGGAGGACAGCCUGAACCCAGGCUCCCAGCUUGUAGGGCCGGGGCCCACGGAACUCACCUCAGUCCCGUCUGAUUUUCCCAACGACAUCAGACUUGCCUCUGAGCUAUCCAGUAGUAUCAACGACCUGAACACUCUGGACACAAAUCUACUGUUUGACCCCAACCGACAGCAGGGACAGUAUGAUGACUCUACACUGGAAGAACUGAAAAACGAUCCACUUUUUCAGCAGAUUUGCAGCGAGACUGUGACAUCUGCUGGCUUUGACUGGUUAGAAAGUAAAGACCAGCCCACAGUGGAAAUGUUGGGUUAAUGUUUCUUUUUUUAUAUGUUUGAAUGUGUUUGUCUUUUUGGAACUUUCUCUUGUAAUUAUUGUCAUAAGAGUGCAACAGCACACUGCAACAAAAAUCUGGACGCAUUUACGUCUGUCCAACAAGAAGUGCCAGCCUGAAAGGAAAUAAUCACUCUUACGAGUAUGAGUUUUAUAUUUCAGUUUUCUAUAGAUAUGCUGCAUCACAAUACAUUGUUGGUGCUUUUGGGUCCUCCGAUUUCUCCCUCCGACUAAAAAUUUAAAUAGAAUCCUAAACAGUUGCAGAUGAGUCAUUUUAAUGCUUGAAUUUUACGUUUUUUGGCAAAAGGAUGAUUGUUUUCAGGGUACAGUGUUUAUUUUAUUAGCAUGUUUGUUUGUUUUUCUUUUUUUAUUUAAAAUUGUUUCCUGAGGUUGUACUUAAAAUGUAAAUCAUUACAUUAUAUCUAAGAGGAGCUGUGGACUGAAACUUUGCGUUUUCAGCGACAAAUCAUUAAGUUGUCUAGACUGUUCUUCACAAGCUAAAUUUGUUUAGCUGAAAAAGUCUCUGAAGAUGAGUUUUCUAUAAAGCCUCUUGCCUCUGGCACAUUUACUAAGGGCUGCUCUUCAGGUUGAUGCCAGCUGAAAGGCUUCUGUUGUGGUGUGUUUACUGAAAAUCUGUAGAGGGAGAACAAUCGUGAAAUAAGGACAGAUUCACAUUCACAGAUGUUUCCACCAGGAAUGCAACUGAUAAGACCAGCAAUAUUCAUAACAGUACUCAUCCACUGUUGCCAUGGUUUCUUUUAUUUAUUUUUGGGAGCUUUUCUUAAUCAUUUCAGGUUUCAAGAAGGGUAGCAGUUGCUGCCAGGUGCUUGAUUGCAAAGUUGUCACAUACCAAAAUUAGUAGAAAAACCUUGUAAUAACUGAUAUCCCAAAAAAAUCAAUUUUUUACAAGAUGAUGGGUUUUCGCUGAAUAUUUUUUCAGAAUAUAAGGAAAAUAUCUGUCUGUUAUAGGCUGUCUAAAUUUCAAAAGGUGGGGGCAACAUUUAUUUUACAAGUUGGUUGAAGUUAAUUAGAACUUCAAAAGUCAAAGGCAGCUGUUACAACACUUCUACAUGUGAUAUUAACUAGGCUUAACAAAUGGAUACAAUUAUGCACUUCUAAAACCUGAUAUUAUGCAUUAUUUUUCUUGACUUAGUGAUCGAUAUUUCUCCACUUCUGUAAGAUGCGAUAAAGUUGUGAUAAAGUUGGUUCGCAGCUGUUGUGACUGGUGGACUAUUGAAGUUGAAUUGGGUCAUUUUCAAAGAAGGCAAUUACAUUUUAUUGUUCAUUAUGGAGAUUAAUGCAUAAUGCUGCCCUCUGGAUCUGUUUCAGAGGCAUUCAGCGGAUUUGUCAGUCUGUCGAGAAUUGGGAAUAUGUUGGUGAGAGGCGUAUUUGCUAUCCAAGCGCAACAUAUAUUUGUAUUCCUUCUGUGGCUAACUGAAGAAUUUAAUAUUAAUUUAAUAUUGACAUAUAAGCAGAAUGUUUAGGAAAAUCUGCCUUUAUGAAGGUGUGGGGGGCGGUGUGUGAGGGGUUGGGAGUCUUUUCAAGUCCAUGCACUUACAAAAACAUUUGUAUUUUUGUGAAAAGUUAUCCAGUCCUAUAGAUACUUUUAGGGCCCCUUUCUGCAAUUCUUGUGGUUAAAUGCACAGAAUUCUGUCCCAAAUGAACAGUAACAUUUGUAAAACCAUAAAAAACAAAAUGGAAAGUCACCAUUUUAGAGUAGGGGAUUCGAACUCCAUUACUCAAGGGCCGCAGUGUCCGUGCGUUUUUCUGGUUUCCUUUCAAUCAGUAAAAAUUUAAGAAACUGAAAACAUGGUAUAUGAACUGUUUAGCCCUUCCGUGACUUAAAUGAAUUAUUGGUGCUGAAAGACCCUGCACACCAGCAGACACUGUGGCCCUUCAGGCCUGAAGUUAAAACACCCUGUUUUAGAGUUUACAUUUGCCAGUUAACAAUAUACCAAUAAUAUUGUCAAUUUGUUGGGCUGAAUAAAAUUUUAAAUUUAAGUAAGCAACAUGUCAAUUUUUUGUCAUGACAAAAUCUUUAAAGGUGCUAUGUCAAUGGCAAGAUUUAAGCUGUAUUGUCUUAGUUCUGGCAAUUUAGCCUUAUAUCCAUACCAAAGAAGAGCUGCCUAUUUGGAUAGAGACAAAGAAUGGGAUCCAUAGCUGUCCUCCAACUGAUCUCCCACGAUCCAUUGCUCCCCACUCUGAGGUUUUGUUCACAAUGACACACGGGUUGGAAGGCCUUGUACGUUAGUUUUGAAGGUUUCCAGGCUAACUUACAGGGGAGGGAAAUGGGUAUUGAAAUUGACUGCUGUUGUUUUUCAAGUGUCGACUUCUCAGUUGCACUGGGAGCCUUGUUUGAAAAGCAUGCUGAAAAAAAACCACACUACUGGUCUGUUUAAAAAAAGAAAAAAAAGAAAAAUGAUGUAGCAGGACUUUCUUUGUGUGAAUUUUGUCAACUGUUGUAUCUGUUCCUCACAUGUGAAAAGCUUCAUUUGUAAAUAUGACAGAUCCACAGAAAGACAUCCAAUUACUCAAGACACUGUGUUAUGACCAUAAUUAUUAAAGAUAUGGUAGUUCUGUGUACCUUCACAAAUGCUUUCACUGGUUGUACUAGAUCUGCUAGCUAGCGAGACGUGCUGCAGCUUGAGCUUCUUGUACAGAUGCUGUUUGUCAGGUUUCUAUCUUGGUAAUGUGUUUUUGUUCCCUUUCUGAGAUUUAUAGUGCUGUUUUCUCAGAAAAGAUGUGCAUAUUGAGUGAGAACAAUAGCAUGGUUUAUUGGAGAAAAAAGGUAUUAUGAUAUAUUAGCAGGUUGCUUGUCUCUCUGUGACAGAGGUAUAUUGUGCCCAGAACUUUGCAGCUGACACACUGGAAAUUCAAUUGCUCAAAUUUCAGCAGACUUUGAGGUUCACAUAAUUGCACUAAACUUUUUAUGAACCAAGGGUUUGGCACCUCCUUUAGGACAAAUGAAACAAUUGAAGCCCCCCAAAAAUAUUUUUGUAAAGAGCUUAAGUAAGAAGAAAAGAUGAUCGUUAACAAAGAAGAAAUGUCAUCACAAAAAAUGACAGUUAAUUGUCUUAUGUAGCAAUGUGCUUUGAUCUCAGUGAGAUAAGUCUUUUACUCAUUCUCAUACAUGAGAAUAUAAAACACAAUUUUAAAAAAAAUUAAACAAAAAAAAAAAACAAACUAUCAGAUAUUUCCACCGUGUUUAUAAAUAAUCAUAAGCAUGCAUGUGUGUUGAAUUCUGUUGUACAGAGUAUUCUUCGUAACCACUUUCUUCGCUGUAACAAGGACUGGUUCGGUCAGCUGGAAAGGAUAACUACUCGCAUAAGUUACUUGCAUUGUUUGAUGUUUACUAAAAUCAAAAUUUGUACUUGUUCUGUAUGUUCAGAUUAUGAAUUUGUUCUGUUGAUUUUGGUGUUUUUAUUUCUUUUUUUAAAGGAAGAAAUGCAUCUCUUUGUGAAGAAAACUUUUAUACGUUUUAUUUUGUUUUUAUUUUUUGGCAAAACCGUUGAUAAGCACUGAUAUUUGGACUUGAAUGAAGAAAAUAACGAAAAAACUUUGUUCAUUUAAUGCAUAGGGGCUUUAUCCAGCAGUGACUACCAUGCUGUACGUUUCCCAGACUCUGUAGAAACCACCUUAAAUCCAUCAAGACUUCUAGAACCUUCCACCAUGUUGUCUGGUAUACAACGGCCCGUACAGUAGUUUGGUAAUGUUGUAAUAGCAAUUCAGCAUUGUUUGUUCUUUUCUUUUUUUAAUUCAAAGUGCUCCCAGAUCUUGAGAUUUUUUAAGUGGUUUUAAAAACCAAUAAACUUUUUUUUUUUUUUAAGAAA